UUCCAGUGCGGGUACGGACGGGCGCGGUCGCUGUUGGCACGGGUUGAAGUCAUAUCGCGCUGUACCUGUACCCGUGGGCAACCAUAAAAACGCUUGCGUCCAGAUUCCCAGAAUUUGACGCACGACACCUUCCAGCAUGUCCAACAGUGGAGCACUCUACCUGGUGUACUGUGGGGUUGCCGUGUCUGUGCUCAUGGCAUUCAACGGUGAGGUCAUGGACCCCUACAUGGACGAGCCAUUCCACAUCCCGCAAGUCCUGGCGUACUGCCGAGGAGAGUGGUCUACUUGGGAUCCAAAGAUCACUACACCACCUGGGCUAUAUGUCCUGAGCGUCUUGAUACAUCGUAUCUUCGGGUUUGCUUGCAGUCUAUGGACGUUGCGCGCGACUGUAACCCUUACUCUCAUCACUCUUCCACUUUUCCUCACCCAGCUUCUCGCGUUCCAUCAACGACGCCCUUCUUCUCUGUGCCCUACGACGGAAGCCGUAGUGCUGUCUACUUUCCCCCUCGCUUGGUUUUAUGGCUUUCUAUAUUAUACAGACGUCCCGAGCCUCAUCUCCGUACUUGCGACCAUGUUGUUCUCGACUCGAAGCCAGCAUAGUCUAGCUGCAGUGUUUGGCGUGGUUAGCUGCUUCUUUCGCCAGACAAACAUCGUUUGGGUUUUGUACGCGUUCUGCGCAAGCCAACUUCCUUGUCUCCACCUAAAACGCGGAAAGAAACCACUGUACGACCCGCCCGCAUUAACCGCUUGCCCAGGAGAUCUCGUGAGAUCGAUAUUCAGUCUGUUCGGCAAAGUACCGCAACUACUCCCACCGUUCGUGCCUUACAUGCUUGUACUGGCCGUUUUCGGUGGUUUCGUGUUCUGGAACGGCGGAGUCGUGUUAGGUGACAAGGCCAACCACGUUCCAGCGAUGCAUGUACCCCAGCUGUAUUACUUCAUUGCUUUUGCGACAAUAUUAGGAUGGCCUGCUGUUGCCCUUGCUCAGGACGGUCCCCGAACGCUGAUGUUGGAGGUAGCGGGACGAAUGUUCGGGAGCACACGGAGAGUCAUUGUAACUGCCUUCCUUGCGGGGAUGAUGGCAAUAUCAGUGAACCUUUUCACGAUUCAUCAUCCAUUUCUACUUUCCGAUAACCGCCACUACACGUUCUACGUGUGGCGCCGGGUAUUCAUGCGACAUCCAAUCAUGCCAUACUUAUUCAUACCAGGGUAUCAAGCAUGCGCCUGGGCGUGGUGGCUUCGAGUUGCCCGUAACCGAUCGUUGUUGGAAACUCUGGUGUUGCCUCUGGCGAUAGUGCCUACCCUAUUGCCCACACCACUUUUGGAGCUGCGGUACUUUUUGAUACCAUACAUUUUACUGCGAUCGCAGGUGGUGGGUGUUGGUCGUUCUGGACUGGUGGUGGAGGGACUGUGGUAUGCAGCGGUCAACCUUGUGACUACGUAUGUCUUUCUUUACAAGGAGCGACCGGGCGUAGGUAGAUUCAUGUGGUGAGGGGACAAACAAGACCACACGCGUUCGGGGCUGCC